AUGAUUUUUAUAUUUCCAGAAAAUGUUUCACAUGGACAAAAAUGCCUGAUCAGCAGCCAGUGCCAAUCAUUUGGAGGAACUUGUCACAAUGAGCAAUGUCUAUGUCCUUACGAACAUUUCCUCCUGCACGGUACAUGUGUAAAAGAAAAUGUUUCACAUGGACAAAAAUGCCUGACAAGCAGCCAGUGCAAAUCAUUUGGAGGAACUUGUCAACAUGAGAAAUGUCGAUGUCCUUACGAACAUUUCCUCCUGCACGGUACAUGUGUAAAAGAAAAUGUCUCUUAUGGACAAAAAUGCCUGACCAGCAGCCAGUGCCAAUCAUUUGGAGGAACGUGUCAACAUCAGCAAUGUCGAUGUCCUGACGGGGAUAUCUUCCUGCACGGUACAUGUGUAAAAGGUUAUAAAACACUUGGUUCGUCGUGUCUCUACCGUCAACAAUGCACAGGAACGCCUAAUGCAAGUUUAUGCCUCGGAAAUUCGUAUUAUGACAAAUGCAGCUGCAACAUUGGAUUUGUUGAAUUAAACCGUUCUUGUAUAGUCGCUCUAGCACUCGGAUUUAGUGUGGGUGGCCUAGUUAUCGGAGCAGCAUUCACAAUUCUCUUCUGUGUAAUAUACAACAUGCGACAGAUGCGAAAAACCAGAAAUCAGGGUGCAUAUGAACUACGAGAAAUGAGAAAUGCGCAUUAUUCCACUGCAAUUUACAAUGAGUUUCCAGAGGAUCACAAUGGGGAAUUGGAGGUGGAAGAGAAUGAAGACGUAGAUUCAACACUCGGGUAUCCGUGUAUAGAGAGUGUUCAAAACGAAAUCUACAAUCACUUGAACGAAGAAGACGAAGAUCAAGAUGACAUGGAAAACAAAUACGACUACGUUGAACCAGUUCAAAGUACACCUCGACAAUUUGUGAACGAUGACGUCUACAUGGCUGCAACUUUUCCCCAGAAUCCGUGUUUAUACGAGCUCCAAAGAGUGUUGAAGAAGAGUACAAGCACAGAGUAAAGCAAACAUAACUUCGUUAAUUCCACAAAGCGAAAUGUCAGAUCUGCAAAGAAUACAUUUCGGAUUUUUUAUCACUUCCGCUUAAAACUGAAGUCUCUAAAGUGCCAUUUUUCAAUUCGUUUUACAAUGUUUCAUACAUACGUGUGUGCACUAUGAUAACUACAGUUAUUGAAAGAAGACAACGGUGUAUCGUAUGAAUUGACAGUUAUUGGAAGAAGACAAUGGUGUAUCGUAUGAAUUGACAUACAGUAAAGCACGAACACGUACUAACAUGAAAGGACCGUAUCCCUGUAGUGGAAUUAUCAUUAGACGUUUUGGUAUAUUUCGUAUGUUUUCAUAAAAGAGGAAGAACUUUCAAGGCUACAAACAUUGUACAUAAAAUUGUAAUAUACAGACAUGUAUGAGUGAGAUGCAUUUAGUCUUUUCAUUCUGAGAUGUGACCUGUCAUUUUGUGAUAAAAAGCACUGAACACACAUUUAGGAUUUCCUACAGUGUGUAAUGUCAAUCACCGAACAGGAAAUAUCAUAAAUAUGUUAUAUGGAACACUAUUGACUUAAAUUAUGUGCAGUACCAUACUAUACUAUUAUUGACUUUUGAAUCGGUAUCUUCUAUGCAAUUAUUGAUUUUUGAAUCGGUCUAUUCUAUACAAUUAUUGACCUUUGAAUCGGUCUCCUCUAUACAAUUAUUGACUUUUGAAUCGGUCUCCUUUAUACAAUUAUUGACUUUUGAAUCGGUCUACUCUACACAAUUAUUGACUUUUGAUCAGAUCUACAUAUGGCUAUACGGACCUGGUCAGACAUUGGUUGACCAAAGCUGUAGACCGAGGACAACCAACAGCUGACCAGAUCCAUAUUGUCAUGAGGGGAUCGAAUUAAAGGUCAAUAACUACUUUAUCAAAUGGUCAGAAAUUUUAUAACAGUUUAAACAAAUAACAACAUGUGUAUUGUAAAACAUUAUAGCAAUCAUAUUUCAACAGUCAAAACCUAGAAAAUGUAACACGAUGAUAAAAUUUAUUCUCUUUUACAUUGUAAUUGAAAGUGGUUUGACCAUAAUUAGCUAUGUUUGGCAAGCCAUUUAUGGUAUCGAUUUUGACUUAUGGACGCAUGCCCUAAAACACGUAAUUUGAUUGAUCGAUAAAAAUGUCAUCAAAGCUAUGGUUGGUCAAACUGGAAUGCCGAAUAAACCUCCCAAAGUUAAUAUUGAGGUGACCUCACUCUGAGGUACAGAUCAGAAGAGAUAUUGUUUGACCGCGGUCAACCAAUACCUGAUCAGGUCUGCAUAUAGCCACGAGUAGACCGAAUUAAAGGCCAGUAACUGCUCCAUUGAAUGAUCGGGAAUUUGACAACAGUAUUCACAAUAUUUUUUUUUAUUCAAUCAACAAAUACAAUCAUUUACAUAAUGAUAUUUUUUCAACAGUCAAAACCUAGAAACUGUGACAGUAAUAUAAUGUUAAAAUCCUUUCUUAGUGAACGUGGUCGUUUUUAUAUAAAAUAAUUAAUUAUGUAUUUUCUGUCUGUAAUUAGAAAUAGAGAUAGUAUAACAUACAAUAUUAGUAUAUUUUGGUGUAAAACACUCGAAUCUGAUUGGCCAAGAAACAGUUGAAAAAACGUAGUAUUGUUUCCCUCUGAGAAUAGAAAGCACGCGCUCCAGGGUGAUAGUAUCUAGCAACGGGAAACAAUACCUGGCAACGGGUUAUAUUAUAAAACAAAUAUAUCAUAUGCGUCAAACUGAUGCGCGUACGGUUCGCUUUACAUUUUAGGAAAAUGUCGUUUAAGCGUUUGAAAUAGAUGCAGUCUGCAGUGCGUAACAGCAACAUUUUUAAUGAAAUCGAUUGAUUAAAAGUAACAAAGAUAAUCGGCAGGUGACAGGUACAUUGUUAACUAACGUGCAACUAUCGCAGUCAAGUAACGUUUUGAACUUGUUGAUUAAUUCUAAAUCAAUUCCACCAUAUGAAAAUGUUUAAGACAGAAUCUAUCUGAAAGGAUAUUCGGUUGAAUUUUGUGCUUUGUUAAUUGUAUCUAAUAAAUGUAUGAUAUUCAGUACAAUUAAACAAAUAGUACAUGUAGUUGAGGGUGACAUUGAACAUUUUCACCCCUCAAAAACCAUUGUCAACCUCAACUGCGCCUUUAUUGACAAUGGUUUCUCGGGGUGAAAAUGUUCAAUGUUACCCUAAACUGCAUGCAAUAUAUACAUGUACUUAUAAUACUACAUGUACCUCUAUACUUGGUAAACACAAAUUAUUUUCCUAUAUUGUAUUUCUUUGUAUAUGUUGUAGAUACUCAUAUAUUGUGUAUCAUUGUUAUAAAUUAUUGUAUUGGUAGAGUGCUAUCUAAGUUUUUGGUUUUAUUUUUAUUUGUGCUUAAUCCUUAUGUAAAUAAUUUGAAAUACGUUCGAUUCAGUUCAAUAAAAUGUAUUCUCGAAUUUUUACAUUGUAAUUGAUAGUGAGUUGAUCAUAAUUAUUCAUGUUUGGUAAAGCGUUGAAUUUGACUAACAGAAAUAUACUUUAAAACAUACAAUUAGAUAAGUCAAUAGAAAUAUCGUUCAAGAUGAAAAUCUCGAAUAAAUCUUCCUAAGUUAAUUUUGAGGUGAAGUCGCUCUGAUGUGCACACCAAACAAGAUCAUCUGGACCAAUCAGAAUGAUUUAAAAUUCCUGAUCAUAUAAUAAUAAACAUACAUGUAUUGUAUAACUAUAUUACAACUUUAAGAGCAGGGAUGAUAUUGGAUGAGUUUUGUUUUUAAUCGCGACAAUGACGACACAAGCUUGUACGACAUAAAACACGUGACUCAUGUAUCGGAAAACCUCGGAUGUAAGGUUGUUUACACGCACGCCUUCUAUCAAAUAUCAACCUCACUAACGGUUCAAAGAAAAACUUUUUUCUUCUCCAAAUGACAUGAAAACCGAGAUUUCCCACCACAAUAACUCAUGAAUUUGCCACGGUACUGAAUAUUUCUGUACGGUUUAAAAAAUGUUCAGUAUUGGAAUCUGUAUCCACAAGGUAGACAUCAAUGCAUUAUGCUGUCCUUCAUACAUGUAUUUCUUGCAUACGGCAGUGUAAAAAUCAAAACCGUAUCGUAGAAUUACCUUAAUGACGAGAACACAACUACAGUUUCCGCAUCUUACUUGAUUUUCCAUGUUCAGUUUUAGAUAAAUAUUCAAUAACAUUUCCGAUAACUUUGUUUUCCGAUGCAUUAUUCACUUCCAACGAAUAUCAGAUUUCAUGUUCAAAACAUGGAUUUGAAAUUGAAAGCGGUACAGAAAUAUCAUUGUUUGUAAACGACGUAAAUGUUGGGUGGUCUGUCCUUGAAAUUCCUUCUAUAUCACGAAAUUCUCUUUCUUCUAUUUCCCAUGCCAGUUCGUCAU